AUGCCACUGGACGGCAGCAGCAGAAGCGAGGAGACGGAAGACAUCUCAAACCCGGGCGCGGCUGGAGUGAACAAACAGCUUAAAGGCUCUCACUGUUCAUCUCUUACUAUCAUCAUCGCCCUCGCUUUCUCUGGCAUUGUUGUGUUUUGUUGCUUUGUCACAUAUGUUAUCGCAGAAGCUCGUUUUGAAACUAUUUCGCAAAGGUCUACCAAAAUAUGGGCAUUUACCAAAAGCAUCCUUGACACCGGAGAGAAAGGUGAAUUCUCGACAACUGUCAUCCUUAAUCGAUCAACGGACAAGAAGUCGGGAACUCCUGAUGGAUCCACCAAAGGAGUUACAUCAAAGCCUACUGUGCCUGCGUCAAAUUCGGAAAACUUCCGUCUUCCUACAACGAUGAAACCAUCCACAAGUGAUCGGGAUUCCAUAUGGGUUCGAAUGAAUUUAUGGAUCCGUUUAUUAUCAACAAAAUGUCUGGUAUUCAUCACAAGAUUAUUAGGAAUCACUCCUGGCACAGCAGAAACAAGGAGUCCCCUCGAUCUACCUGCGUUUAAGGGCGGGCUCAGAGACGCUUUUGGCCUUUGGUUGGCCCAGUAUCCACCAUUUUCACUGCUUUUCGUAGCAUCGCCGCUAACCGGUAAUGAUUCCUAA